GUGUGAAGCUCUGCACCUGACUGCUGAUAACAACAGUACCCCGGGUCUUGGGACUGUGCCAGAGAUGUGAGAGAUACUGUGGUACGGUGUCCAUGUUUUGUCGAUUUUAGUGGUCACCUGCAGAGUACACAUCAAAGCAAGCAAGCAAGUGGUGGCCUUGCUGCGUCACACACCGCCUCACUUCGCGCAGGAUGAAGGUGUGCGUCGCGUGUGUGUUGGCGGCUGCCCUGGUGUGGAGCGUUGCCGGGAUGCUGCCUCCCCCUCAGAAGACCUACUCGAUCCUCAUGCUCCUUCCUUACUGGGGCAAGAGUCACAGGAACGUGUUCAUGCCUUUAUCCGAGGCUCUGGCUGACCGAGGCCACAAGGUCGUGAUGCUUACCAUGGUGCCGGAGUCGUCCACACACCCGAACAUCACUGAGAUCAGCUUCACCUUGCCGAACAUGACCUUAGAGUCAUUGAGUCUGUUUGAUUUCAUGACAACCACCAUCAGGACCACGUACAUGCCGAUCAUGGCGCGGGAGAUGUACAAGGUGCCGCUCGUCAAGAAGCUGUACAAGGAGAGGAAACAGUUUGACCUCAUAGUGGUGGACUACACGUUCGGCCAGGUGAUGUACCCGUUCGUGCACGACGUGUCCUACAUCACCAUCGCCACUAUGGGCAUGGAGCCCUUCCUCAGCGGCGUAAUGGGCAACGUCCUGAGCCCGUCCUACGCCCCCAGCUUGUGGUCCGUCUACGUCGGCCCCUUGUCCUUCUGGCAACGCCUGCAUAACACGUUCCUACACAUCUGGCCAUCCAUCCUCUGGAAGUACUGGACGCUUAUGCCAGGCGUGCAGAGAGAAGUAUGGCAACACUUCCCGGACUUGCCGCCUCUGCUGGACAUCGAGAGGAACCAAAGCUUAGCACUGAUGAACUCCCACUUCAGCAUUACCACACCCAUGCCUCUGCUGCCCUCGCAGGUGGAGGUGGGCGCCAUGCACUGCCGUCCUGCCAAGCCUCUGCCGCAGGACCUCGAGGCGUGGAUCACAGGCGCGGGCUCUGCAGGAGUCGUCUAUUUUAGUCUGGGAUCCACCGCCAGCGGGAAGUCUAUGCCGUCACAAUACCGCCAAGUCUUCCUGGAGGCUUUCCGCAGACUGCCGCAGCGCGUCCUGUGGAAGUACGAGGGUAAGCUGGAGGGUGCGUCUGACAACGUGAGGGUCAGCAGCUGGCUCCCUCAGCAGGAUUUGCUCGCUCACCCCAGUGUGAAGGUGUUCAUUUCCCACGGCGGCCUCCUCAGCCUUCAGGAGUCCAUCUUUCACGUCACGCCCCUUCUCGUCCUCCCCAUUUACGGUGACCAAACCAGGAACGGAAUGUUCGUGGACAGCUCGGGCGUGGGGCGCGCGUUGAUGUGGAAGGAACUCACUGUUGACAGGAUCGUCGACGUCCUCACUGACAUCAUCACCAACCCUAGGUAUCAAGAGAACGCGGCCAGAAUGUCGGCGUCCUUAAGGGAUCAACUGACGACGCCGCAGGAACGAGCUGUGUUCUGGACGGAGUACGUGAUCCGCCAUCGGGGGGCGCCCCAGCUGAGGUGCCCCGCCGCCCAGCUCACUUGGGUGGAGUUCCUCUUGUUGGACAUGGCGUGUCUCCUGCUGCUGGUCCUGCUGCUGCUGCUGUUGCUCAUCCGCCGACUCCUGAGGGCCAUCUCCGCCAAACUUCCUGCGAGCUACGCAAAGCAGAAAGCUACCUAGAGGCGUCAAACAAGCUUAGGAAAAGAAUGAGGACAUUGAAUGCAUUAUAGGAAGGCCUUAAAUUUUAAUUUACCAUGUGUGAUUUUUAACCAAAUCGUUAAAAAGGAAAAAAAAAAAAAUCUAGUAUGAUGUGACAUUUGAUUGAGUGUGUGUGUGUGUGUGUGUGUGUGUGUGUGUGUGUGUGUGUGUGUGUGUGUGUGUGUGUGUGUGUGUGUGACAGCACAAACAUGUUGUGAUGUUUCUAUAAUUUCAUAGCAUCAACAUUGCAAUACGUCGUGUCCGCAGAUCUGUUACCAGGCGUCCUCACUUCAUUACCUGUACACGUUCAUGUCACCACCACCUGUGAUUCUGAGUAUGCGAACUGUUCACUGAUGCCCUCGUAUCACGCAUGUCUCUGCUCUCCGGCAACACAAUCAGAGCAGUGUGUUUAGUGUUGCUUACCGAGCGGCAGCCUUGGCGAUCGGUAGAUUUUUGCUUUAAUCACACUGAAAAUGAAUCUAGACACUGAAUAAACCACUGAGAUGA